ACAAAAAUUUCUAAUGAAUCUUUAAAAGUAUGAAAACGUAGCAAUCAGCUUUAUAAGAGUCUGUUAGAAAGGUUAGCUCAACUGUAAAGAUUACAGAGCUGUUUAUGUUUAUAACUUGUAGAAAGAACCUUGUGCUGUACAAAAAGGAAACCAAUGAUUAAGACAAAUUAUGACAACAUUCUAUUACUUUCUAAAGAGUUUCUUGCUAUUCAUCUUCUAUAUGCAGAGCUUGCAGAUUAUAAUGUAUUUAAUAAACUAUUAAAUAGGAUGUUUAAUAAUGAAAAUAAGCAACAAAAAUUUUGGAACUUUCUGUUCAGUUUUCUGAAAGCGGCAGCGUUUUGAAAUACAAACUGUUAGACACUUGAACAGUUAAUGGUAUCCAAUGUGUGCUUCAUGCAAACAGACAUGAAUAUACAAAAACAACAACAAUAUGAAAUCCAAAUCACAACCAUCACAUAAUUUGUUUGUUUACAGUUUCAGGGUUUGUGCCAUGUUUUAGCACACCUAAAAGGUAGAUCAAAAAAAAAAAAAGGAAGAAAACAGUUGGAUUUUGUUUUGCAUAUUUACUUUCAAACGCAUCUCGGGAAGUUAUUGCUAAUUUAUUUCGGUAUUUCACGCCACGUCAAUCUCCGCAGCUGCAGCUGGACAAUGUUGAAUUGCCCAGAACAAACGUCACAUAUCACCACAAAAAUACACUGUUAUUACACCUCGGAUAACCAGGAGGAUGCGUUAUCCCCAGAAGAGCUGAGGAAAAGACUCUAUCAAACAUUUAAAAACAAAGGAGUGCUUGACACACUAAAAGUGCAGCUGCGGAAUCAGCUCAUCCAGGAGUUGAAGAGUCCACAUUCCAAGGGACAAAAUCCAGCUCUCAGGCCACUACCCGGGGCAUCCGAUACUCUUUUACUUUCAGCUUGCAACACUAUAGUAGCCGAUCACCUCCGUACUCUUGGGUAUGAGUACACACUUUCUAUAUUCUGCCCCGAGAGUGGUGUGUGUAAGGACGAGAUUCUCAAGAAAGAAAACCUUCUUCAGAUUCUUAAAUUUAGCCCUUCGACAGCCUUUUUCACAUCUAUGCUAAAUAAAGAAGAUGGUGAUAAAGGGCUCCUGUUCAGUCUUUUAACAAACUUGACACACCAUUCAGCACACAACCUCCGUAAUGACGUCGACACUCAGACAACCAACUUAGCAAGUUAUGGAGAGUCCCUCGUUGACAAGAUGAAAAUGAUUGAUAGACAAUACGAGAACUCCAGUUUAGGUGAAGACAAAAUGUUUCCACUCCAGUCAAAACUGGCUGCAUAUAAAAAAGAGAUUGAAGCACAGAAAGAAGCAGAAAUGAACACAAAGCUGAAACAUUUCAAAGAUGUUGAAAUUGCAAAGGUCAGAAUGGAUGAAAAAGCCAAGUUUAAUCAGGAACUUGAAAAGCUAAAGCAAGAACUGGAGAGGACUUACGAAAUGAGGGCAAAGGCACUGAUGGACCGAGAGAAAAAUGCCAUUGAGAGGUUGCAAAAACAGCAAGAGAUUGAAGAAAAAAAUGUCUACAUGCAGAGACAGUUACUGCUGAAAGAAAUCGAAACGCUGCGCAGCAGAGAAAAUGAGUUGAGGAUGAGAACGGAGGCUUUUGAAAAGUCCUGUGAAAUUCAUGCAGAGAAGAUGAGAGCUACUGAAGAGUUGUUGAGGAGGAGAGAACUGGCUGUAAAGACAAUGGAGGACACAUACGACCAGAGACUGAAGAAUGAACUUUCAAGUUAUCAGCUUGAGCUGAAGGAAGAAUUUCUUAGAAGAACAGAAAAACUCACAGAAAGUGAGAACCGAAACAAAGUGGAAACGGCUCGAAUCCAAAAGGAGUCUGAUUUGAUUGAAUCCAGACUGGAAGAACACAACAGGGCAUGCAUAGAGCUGAAAAAACUUCAGGUUGAGCUAGAAACAGCACAGCAGCAGAUAUCUCUGCUGACUCAACAGAAGGAGCUGUUAAAAGAACGACUGGAGAGUACAAGCGACUAUUCCCGCUUGAAACUGGAGAAAACGGAGCUGCUGGGACAGCUGCAGCUGCUGAAGAAACAGCUGGAAGAAGCACAAGGAGAGAACCAGCGGCUCCGUGCAGAAAUGAUCAAACCAUCUAAGGAAGAACUGGCCUUGCAGACAGAGCUUCACCGACUGCAGAACGCUCGUACGCUGGAUGAGGCAGAGUUUGAAAACCAGAAACAGGUGCUGCAAACGCAGCUUCAGUGUGAGGUGGAACGAUGUGCUCAGCUUAAAGCUCAGCUGACAGAGUGUGAGGAGAGGGCAGAGUGGAUGACUAAGCAUGUCGAGGAGAUCAAAACACAGCUUCACCAAACACAGCAAGCUCUGGAAAAUGAAGUGCUGCGUAACCCGAAGCCCUCUCUUGUUGAUCGCUCUGUUCUGGAGUUCAGCGCUGACUCGCUGGUUCCACCCGACAUCUACGUGGACAGAGCUAUGCUGAGGUCCAGGGUGAGUCACCAUGAUGUCUUUGAAGCAGGUGAGCCAUUGCGAAGACACAAGUUCCCCUGGAGUGAUUCUCCAGACUCGGACAUGGAGCUCGUGGCAGAAGCCAAAGCUCGCAUCCAGAAACUGCAGAAGGAGGCUGAAAGCUUGGAGGAAGCUUACAGAAACUACCAGCAGAGGGCAGUGCCCCCCAUUGCCUCUCAUAGGCCUCUUUCACCACAGCAAACCUAUUUUUCACAUUACCCCAGUUCCUCUUUGAGGAAGAAAGACUCUCUGCCUUCACACAACUAUUCAACCCACAGACCAAAGACUUUACUCAAACAACUCACUCCUCAAUGUAUCCAAUCCCCCGCAUUGGUAUCCCACGACACCGGAAACAUCAUGCCUCCUUCAGAAGUCUAUGACCAGCCCCAGGCCCCAUUUGUCCCCGAACAGAGUCGCCAUUCUUUGUCUGAACCUGUAUUUGUAAGAGACGGACAAAGCCAGGAUGAAAGCUCUGCUUCAGUUAAACAAUCGUCUGGGACGGCACAAUCCUGUUCCAGAAAGAGACAUCAGAAGCAGAAUGCAGAAGAGCCAGCGGUGUCUGCGAUGGCACUCUCCCAGCCGCCACUGUCUGACACACGGCUCUUCUGUGCCUCCGUCGUCACCGUCGCAAACACAGGUGACUUUUCUCCUGAGCUCAGUCCACCUCACAGCCCCCAGCUCAGGAGCACAGCACGGGACCACUCCAGUCCACCAAAAGCACAGCCUGUGUUUUCCAGCUUGGAGUCUUCCCCGCAUCCAGAGGAGAUAAACCUUGAAGAUCUAACAGGAGAUUUGCAAGAGCCCGGCCACAUUCCAGAGCUUCUCCUGGACACUGCUGUCCCUUUCUCUGAGGAGGCCCCCGAAGGGCCCGCCACCCCCCAACCCCAGGACCUCCCAGAAGACCCUGCAGACUCGCACAGCCAGCCUGACGUUCAAGAGACCUCAGGUGACUCUGUCAAAAAGGAAGAGGAAGAAGAGGAGCAGAGGUGGGAAAGAGAGCGGAAAGAGAAACAAGAACAAAGGCACAGGGAGCUAGAAGAAACUAAAGAGCUAGAGCUGCAGGAAUUGGAACGUCUGGAGAAGGAGACGGUAACGCUUUUGGAAGAGGCGGUGCAAACGGAAAAGGAAGGAGAAGAAACGGAAGAAGAAGCUGACAUUAAGAAAGGAGAAGACGAUGAGCAGAGCAGGGAAGAGCCAAAAGUAGAAAAUCCACUGGAGAAAUACAUGAAGAUGGUUCUGGAAGCAAGAGAGAAGCAGAAUGAGCAGAAGCCUGUAAGAGAGGAAGGAGGACAGAUGAGCCCAGAGGACAAGAGUUUAUUUGAGGAAAAAGAUGAAAGCAUUGCAGCAUUCUCGCUUAAGGAUGAAGAAGACGAGUUCUGGUGAGCCGCCUCAAGAGCUGAAUCGAAGUUCUGUAAAGAGUUUCAACCUCGUCACCUUUUUAACCUACAUUUUGAUAUUUUAGCUUUUUAGACCAAUUUGCACUUAUUAGAAAUGUGAAAUAUGCAACUUUUGUAAACUGCUCUAAUAAAAAAAAAACACACUUUAGAACAUGCAUAACUUUGUUUUCUUUAUUUUCAUAAAAACAGUCAUCAGGCCAGUUGAGCUGUGUUUCCAGUUAGACAUGGUGCUCAUUGAUUAGUUGAUUGAUUGAUGUCCUCCUGGUGAUUCAUAAACAUUUAAUUGUUUUUUUUGGUUAAUUCAGUAUGGAACACAAACAAUCAAAGGUCAUGUACAUUAUUAUGAUGUAGUAGUAUACCUUGCAAAAUAAUCCAUACUUCUUCAACCUUUCCACAUUUGGCCCAGUUACAACUACAAACCUUAAUUGUCUUUAAUUGAGAUUUUAUAUGACAGACCGACAAAGUAAUGGUUUGCUAUGAAAUGGAAGAAGUGGGUUGAUUAUUCUCUGCAUUAUACCAAGUCCUGUCAAUAUAUCCAUACAUAUUGACAGGACAGGCAAAGAGAGUGGUAUUCAGAAAUGAGACAGGAAGUCCAUGGUACCUGUGGAGGAGCUGCAGAGAGCCAUAGCUUAGGUGGAACAAUCUGUUGUUAGCUGUGUACUCUACAAAUCUGGCCUUUAUGUAAAAGUGGCAAAAAGAAAGUCAUUGUUAUGUGUUGGUUGUAUUCUAUAGAAAUAAAGUACCAUGAGGUUUGUGGUUUUUACAUCACAAUAUGUGGUAAAGUUUAAGGGGUAUAAAUUAUUUCGCAAGGCGUUGCAUGCGACACAUUUCUCAGCUUUGCCACUGUACAGCUAUCUAGUUACCAUGAAACAAAUACUUUAAUUUCACAGGAUACCGUUUUACACAUUGGACAGCAUUGGCUUCAACACUUUGGCUACAUUUGCUU